ACUAGGAACAAACUUGUUUUUUCGAAUCAAUCUACAAAAAAGAUGAAACUGGAACUUGUGUCGGCCACAAAAUGCUUCGAAGGCGAGCAACGUGUCUACAAACAUCACUCCAACGUUCUGGAAUGUGACAUGACCUUUGGUGUCUUCCUGCCCCCAGCGGCAAUUGAAGAUAAGACCGAAUGUCCAGUGCUAUACUUUUUGAGCGGUUUGACGUGUACUCACGAGAACUUCGUGCAGAAGAGCGGCUUCCAACGAACGGCAGCCAAAGAAGGCCUCAUUGUGGUAAAUCCCGAUACCUCUCCACGUGGAGUGGAGCUGCCCGGCCAGGACGAUGCCUACGAUUUCGGCAGUGGUGCCGGCUUCUAUGUGGAUGCCACUGAAGCCCCAUGGUCCAAGCACUACAAGAUGUAUAGCUACGUCACGCAGGAGCUCCCCGAAUUGGUCAAUGCCAAUUUCUCGGUUUUGCCUGGCAAAAAAGGAAUUUUCGGUCAUAGCAUGGGUGGCCACGGCGCCUUAAUUUGCGCUCUUAAGAAUCCCGGCUUGUAUCAAUCGGUGUCUGCAUUUGCACCAAUUGCCAACCCCUCGGAAUGUCCAUGGGGCCAAAAGGCCUUCACUGGAUACUUGGGCGCCAACCGGGAUGACUGGGCACAGUGGGAUGCUACCAGCUUGGUCUCCAAGUACGCCAGCACACCUCAGGAGCUGUUCAUAGAUCAGGGAUCAGCCGACAACUUUCUCGCUGGCCAGCAACUGCUGCCAGAAAAAUUGCUAGCAGCAGCUGCCCCCAACGACCACAUCCAGACCAUAUUCAAGCAACGAGAGGGAUACGACCACAGCUACUUUUAUAUAGCUACAUUUGUGGCCGAGCAUAUUGAAUAUCAUGCCAAGUUGCUAAAAGCUUAAAUGUGUCCCGAAUUUCGUUUAUAAAACAAUGUGUGUUCACAAAUAUAGUCUGUAUAUAAAUCCGCAUA